UAUCCGCACAAUCAAUUGAAAGCGCCUAUCUAUAUAUAUAUAUAUAUAUAGAGAGAGAGAGAGAGAGAUUUGUGUGCGUAUACUUAUCCUUUUCAAGGUGACAUACGCAUACAUAUCGUUUCCCUGGGACAAAGUCAGAUUUCUUUCGGGCGCGUGAUCAAAUGGCUUCUACUUCUCAACCAUACUCUUAUCAAACAAUCUUCCCAGAUGAUCAUGAAGAUGAAUUCUGCCAACUCUCGGCUGCUCAUAGCAAUAACGUGCAGGUUCCUCACAUUCAUGCCCGGGGAAAGUUCAGUACCUUGGGGAAUGCAUAUCCAAGCCCAACGAUGAUUUACAAUACUGGUGCAAUGUGGGCUGAUGAUCACCAACAAACCUUCCCUACCCACCAGCUUAUUGAUCAUCAUCAGAUAAGCGUGCCGCUCAAAUCUGAGUCGUCAAUCCAGUUCUCAACAAAUCCAGAGAGGCUCGGCAUAUCAGAUAUGAUCGUGCCUGAUCUAUACUCCUCAUGCAGCAGCUUUAACAGUGGGAACCAGCUGGGUCCGGAAAGUUGCUUAUACCGCAAUGACUUGUGUACUGAUUUUGGGAUGGAUUGCUGUGACUCCGAUGAUCGCUUCAAACCACUUUGUCAUGCUCUUCAAGACAUAAAAUGGGGAAUUCAAGCCAAGCAAGUGCCGCUGAUUGAUGAUUCUAGUACCAAAAUUGGGCGAUACACCGCGGAGGAAAGGAAAGACAGAAUUCUUAGAUACCUGAAGAAGAGAAACCAGAGGAACUUUAACAAGACGAUCAAGUAUGCUUGUCGUAAAACCCUCGCAGACAGAAGAGUCCGAGUUCGUGGGAGAUUUGCAAGGAACAACGACUCAUGUGAUGAAGAAAUUGCAUCUAUGAAGAAAACUGAAAACCCUCAACAACAAAAUGACUUAUUCUUUGGCGAUGAUGUCCAGAUCAAGCUGCAAGACAACGAUGAUGAUCAGUGGCUUCAGGAGGCAAUGGCUAGUCUAAUCUAUCUGCCUAAUUACAUCAGCGGAUGCUGAUGUGCUUAUAUAUCUAUAUUAGCCCGCUAGCUAGCUCAAUCAAAACUCGACGUUGUAUGCAUAAAUAUAAAUAUAUAUCAUGUUCUGCAGUCAUCGAGAAAUGUAGGCAUAAAAAAAUUAUCUAAAUCAUGCCUUCAACCACAUUAAGAAUUUAAUCUAGACCGCCCUUAAAGCCGCCAAUGCAAUUCUAUGCAUAUCCUGCAUUACAAAUGCCUGUUUCAAUAUCAAAAUUAGAUUGGGAUCCUUACAAAUAUAUACUUUCAGUUAU